AUGGAUGCAGAAAUCUCGAAUCUCAGCCUUGACGACGCAGCAGUUUAUCGUGAUUCUGAGGCGCCUCAACGCGAGGCUGCAGCAGCAGCAGCAGCAGCAGCAGCAGCAGCAGCAUUCGACGAUGAUGGCGUUGAAAAUCUUUCCAAUUGGCUCUCGCGCGUCGUUGGCGAGGCGACAACAGAGCAGCAGCAGCUCGACGCCAUCGCGUCGUGCCUCUUCGUCGCGAACGCCAUGUGCAACUGGCCGGACUCGGACGCGCACAGGCCCAAAAAGAAGUUGGUGUUCGACAUCUACUGCAAGAUGCCGCCCGUCAAGACGCUGCUCGCUGCGCAGCGGGCGCGCAGGCGCACGGGCGUGCAGCACGCACACGGGAGCAAGGAAGAGAGCAAUGAGUGCGACGGCACCUUCUUUCUGUUAGACGACAGCAACAGCACGCGAGGCCCCAACACGCCCUGGAACAGCUUCAGCGGGCGCACAAGCUACCCACCAAGGCCCGUCAAGGUUGCUGUGCCGCCCGCCUUCAAGGCACUGCUGCCUGCCAACAGAUGGGACCGGGACGGUCGCCUGCGCACCACACUGGGCACGUGCCAUGCUGGACUCAAGCAGGCUGGGCACUCGCCACGCAAGCUGGAGGCGCUUAUGCUGCUGGGCAUGUCAGUGGGAGAGCUGGGCGAAGACACCCUCACCACGCCACUGCACCUGGCAGUGCUGGCGGAGGAUGUGGAGAGCAUGGAGCUGCUGCUCAGUCAUGGUGCCGACAUCCAUGCUCGCACUAGGUGGUUGGCGCAGAAGGGGAUAGAUCUUGACAAGUUGUCGAGGCCUAACAAGCUGCCUGAGCAUCUCAUGACCCAGGCGGUGUGCAUUGUGCGGGAGGUGCAGCGGGGGAGGGGCGAGCACAUGGGGAUGGGAGGGUACGAGUAG